AUGGCACUUAUUUUGAUGGUGGAAGCAAGAGAUCCGAAGGGAUAUUACAAGACUUUGGGAGUUUCCGAGAAGGCCUCUCAACAGGAAAUUAAAAAGGCAUAUAGAAAAUUAUCAAUGGCAUAUCAUCCAGAUAAAGCAAGAAACAAACCACAGACAGAGCAAAAAACUCUUCAACAGCAAUAUAUGAAAAUAUUGGAAGCCUAUGAAACACUUUCUAAUGAGGAUAAACGAAGACAGUAUGAUAGAGGAGGAUUUGAUCCAUUCGAACAUCAUCAACAUCAUGGACAUGAUCAAGAGAGUGGAUCAUUCCACUUUUCAUUUGGAGGAGGAGGUGAUGAUAAUGAUCCUUUUGAAGAUUUUCCACAAUUCUUUAAACAUCAUUUCCGAUCUCAAGGACAGGGCCACAAUCCAUUCUUUUCAUUCUUUGGAGAUGAUGAUGAGGAUGAUGCUCCACCUUUUGGUUUUCAUUUUGAAUCGAAUAGUAGAAGGAAAAAUCAAAAGAGAAGAGCAUCUUCAAGGAAAACACAAGAACCAGCCAAACAAAAGGACUCAGAGGGUGGAUUCUUUUCCAAUCUUUUCAGUACAAUUGGUGAUUUUUAUAAUGCCAUUACUUCGAAUAAUGAAGAUGAUUCAGAGCAGCAGGAAUAUCAAACUGUGAAAAAGAUUAUCACUCAAAUCAAUCCAGAUGGAAGUAGAACUACCCGAGUUGUUUAUGAAAAGGUUCCAAUCAAUAAUAAGAGGAGAACUGUUUUCAGAUUCUGAUUUUACAGCUGUAAAAUUGUACAUAGAAAUUAAUUUAUUCGAGUUUACAAAAACUCACAAAUCAAAAUAUAUCCAAUGAUAUCAAAAUAAUAUUGAGAUUCUACACAAAAUCUCAUUCAUAAUUUUACCAACCGCCAAACUAUUCUAUUGGUUGGUGAAAUGAAUGAAAUUAAUGAAGUUUACCGAGUUUACAAUAAAAUAAGUUUUAAA